GGAAGCAGCAGGGGAAUGAAUGCGGGCGCGCGAAGGGAGAGAAACGUCCAGCAGGGACCUUUCUGCAUCCCGGGGGAAGAGGCGCAGAGCAGCAGCGGCCGAGGCGCCUCUCCGGCUCCUCCUCUCGCCGCCUCCCGGAGCCCCGUCCCUCGCCGGGGCCUCGGCUCUCUCUUGCGAGGGCUGGCAGUGGGGCCGCCCAGUUUCCCUUGGCGCUUCCUCACGCCUCCUCCGGACUUCCUCACUCUCCUCAACUCCUUCUCCCGCCCCCCCGUUUUCUCCCGGCGGCAGAAGCAGCGGCGCAAUGAGGACCAGCGCCUUGAGGGGCUUCCUACGGCUGGCGGGCCUCUCCCGCGCGGCCUCCUGCCCGCCGGGGUCCGCGCAGAAGGCGAGGCGGGCCUCCUCGGGAGGAGAAAGCGGCGCGGGGCGCAUGCGCUCCGUGGGCGCCGCCAUUUUGACGGGGGCCCGCCGGGCCGGGGAGGGGGCGCCGGAGAGGAGGCCCAGGGCGAAGGGCGGCGGCGGCAGCAGCAGCGGCCGCCUCCUCCUCCUCCUCCUGCCCGCGGAACCCCCUUCGCCCCCCGGCCAUGGGCAACACGGCGAGCGAGCGCGGGUCCGGAGAGCGUCCGGGGAGCAAGGCGCCCCGCUCGGAGGGCUCCGGGGCGGCUCCGCCGGCCAAGGAGCCCCCUCCCCACAAGAUCAUGGUGGGCAGCAGCGACGACCCCGCCCUCUUCAGCGCCCCCGACGCCAAGCCACAAUGACUUUGUCGCUAUUCUGGACCUUCCUGAAGGGGAGCACCAGUACAAGUUCUUUGUGGAUGGCCAGUGGGUUCAUGAUCCCUCCGAGACCUUUCUGGCUCCCCUCCUGGAAUAUAUGGCCAAGAAAUGUAUGUUUAUCGACCUGAGGAGCGUUUCAAGUCCCCGCCCAUUCUUCCUCCCCAUCUCCUCCAAGUCAUCCUUAACAAGGAUACUAACAUUUCGUGUGACCCAGCCCUCUUGCCGGAGCCAAACCAUGUGAUGCUGAACCAUCUCUAUGCCCUGUCAAUUAAGAAUACGCUGCCCUUUCUUAUGUCUCCAUCGUCCCCUUUCCAACAUGCAAAUCAAAAACACCCAGCUGCAUGAGGCAGACAGCGCACAAGGAAGAUCUCUGUCACAUGGUACGCAUUCUUAGCUCUUCUUUUGAAGUUGGCAGUGCCCUGCAUUCAAGGAAUUUUGCUCCUAAAGGAAAGGAGGAGGAUGCUUUGCAUGGGAAGAGGAAGCGUCUCCCUGCUGCCUGUCAUACUUGCGCAGAGAUGUGAGGGCUGGGAAGGGUUGCUCUCCAGAACGUUGCCAGGAGCGAAGUGGACUUCUCCAGGAUCUGGUGCAAAGAGCUCAUGUUGGCAAGCAGUUGCCUGAUCCUUUCUUGGCAGAAGAUCUACAGCAGCAGAGAGAAGAAACUUUUAUCAAGAGAGUCUCUUGCACAACCUCAGCCACUUUGACGCCCCUGUUUAACUUUUGCAUACUCUCAAACAUUCCUCAGAUGAAAAUAGGGGACAUUUCUCACUACCUGACAACUGGCCCUCCUUGACCCGCCCUGCAGAGCAUUUCCUGUCAGAAGAAUGGUGAGGGCCACCAGCACCACCCCAACGGGGCAUGCCCCCCCCAUCCUGAGAAAACCCCUCAAUCCAGAUUUUAUUUUAUUGGUAGACUUACAAAAAGAAAAACACACGCCAAUCAAUAAAUUUUAGAAAGCAGCAAGAUUAAACACAGACACAUAAAGCAUUAAAAAAUCAAAAUCAAGACUCCUUGUGCACUGCUCCCACUUUCUUCCUGCCCUCUCCCUGCCCCUGGGAGCCGGUGCAUCAUGGGGAGCUGGGCCUCAGCAGCCAAAGCCUCUCCUCCUCCUUGGCUGCCCUUCAGCAGCCACUACAAGCUGCCCAAGGGAGGAGGCCAGCAGUGGCAGCCAUUGAAAGGCCAUGAAGAGGCAACCGCCACUCGGGACAAGCACCAGCUCACCCUCCUCCCUGAGCGUGGGGGCAACAGCACUGGCGGGCAAAAUGGGGAUAUUCUGGGAUCAAAUCAGAAGCUGGGAUGGUUUUUUAAUUCUGGGACUGUAAUUCUGGAGAGUAUGCAUUUGGUGGUCCUCAAGCUGUCUCAGUAAGUCCUCCCAGGAGCACCUCUGUCCUAACAUGAGGGAGCAGCUUUUCUUCUCCCCAUGGCCCAGGUGGGCUGGAAAGAUACCCUGUGAUAACUGUUGCAGUCCCAACGACCUGUGGCCAUUCCUGGGCCUCGUAGUCUCGUGAUGGUGUGGCUGAGAAAGAUCACGCGGCUCCGGAGGAGUUUAUAUUUUCUGCAUCUUCCCCCUUUACCUUGGAUUGCUGUAGUUCUUGGCCAGGAUGCAGGAGAGAGGCCAUUUUGUGGAUCAGAGUUUUGCCUUCCAGAAUCUGUUUCUUAAGGGUGCUGUAGUCCUUGAGGUGGCUGAUCACAUGGGACCCCUGGGUGCUCAUAUCGUCUAACAGCACUGGCUUCUCCUGCUUCUGUGUCCCUGAAAGCAAAGCACCAGACUGGAACCUAAUUGGGUCAGCACCUCUUUGGAGUUCAGAUCACAUAGGCUUUGUUCUCUUCAGCUACAACCAGAUGCAGGACUGGCUCACCUAUGAGGUGGGGGGAGGCAGCCACUUCAGGCAGCAAAAGCUCAAGAGCUGUUGCCCUCGUGAUCAUACUGCCCCACCCACCACCACCAGUGGAGAAGCAGCGCCGACUUCUGGCAAGAUCGCAGGAGAUCUUGCUAAAACUUUGUGAGAGUUGGGUGAAAUAUGAAGAUCUGCAAUUUCUGGCUAUUGCCUUGACCUGCAUCCACACAGGUCAGGUGUGACUUUCCUUGCAUGUGUGGAGAGAAUUAGGUUUAGUGAAAAUUCCAGGGAGGAUCAAGGAAGACAUCCACCCUAAAAUAAUCCACUGAUGGUGUCGGCUGCUCUGUUUAGGUAUAUUAGUUGUCAGCUUUUGAGUUGCCAACUCAAAAGGUAUAUGAGGAAAGACUUCGUUGAUUUAUCUAGCAUAUUUAUCUACAGGUUCCAUUGGUCUGCAGCUAAUCUUUUGAAAAGUCGCCCUUUUAUGUCCAUUUCCUAAUCUUUUGGGAAGUUGCAAUACUUUAUGAUCAUUAUUAUUGUAAUCUUCUGACUAAGCUAGACUUCUCACCCAAUAUUACACAAUAUUCUCAUCCGAUACCUGCUCUGAUACUGCACAACCCAUCAAGCAAUACUGUUCAUAAUGCAUUGCAACUUCCCAAAAGAUUAGGGAAUAAAUACAUGCUUAAUUAAUUUCAGUCUGGUCAUGAUGGGAACAGGAUCAAAGAGUCACAUGAAUCUUGAGGAGGAAGAGGAAUGAUACAAGAGUCAUAAGGCAAAUUACUCAAGCCAGCAUUCUGUCAGCAUCUAGGAGUGAAGGGAAUUGCUAGUUCAUUAUUAUGUUUUUACAGAUACAAGCAAAAAAAUUAGUACCAAACAAGACUAAUAAAAUAAUAAAGUGGAAGAGAAUGACAUGCCUUCUCUGAGAGCCCCCCAAUAACUGUUGCUGAGUUUAUCUAAAAGAUAAACCAAGGAUGGGGAACCUGUGGCUCUCCUGCCAUUGCUGGACUCUCCUCCACCCUGAUCCACCUGACCAGCGGUCAAAGGGUCUUCCAUGUACUGCAGAAUGUGAGGCAGAAGCAGCGGCCAGCUUUAACACCCCCCCCAUUCAGCAGGCAUUCCUGGGCUCAUGAGAUUCAUUCAUGUUGUUCUUUUUCAUUACUUAAUGAUGUUGAACUGAAUGUUUUGUUGAUAGCUUCUCUGUUUUUACAGAUAUAUUUGUAUUUUUUGCUUAAAUGUUGCAUAUGCAUUCUUUUUUCAUUAUCUCACUGUGUUUUAUGUAAAAUGCUUACAGAUUCUGCAUAUUAAGGGGUAUACAAGUAUUAAUGAUGGUGGUGGUGAACAAAGUAAGCGGGGAACCCUAUGGCCCCUGUGAAGACUUCCUAGGAGCUCCGGGAUAGAUCUGUUCCACUCUGGACUUCCCAGAGGCAGAUCCGAUGUCCUGCCCUCUCGGCCUCCACCUGCUUCUCCAGUGCCCAGGCCCAACCAGCCAGCACCCCCAGGAGCAUUCCAGGGGUGUCCCAGGAAGCAGCUUAGUACCCACCUGAGGCCACCUUCAACAGCAACUUAUAGACCUGUAAUUCAGCCUGCAGGGUCUGGAAGUGCAGCUGGUUUUGCUCGCACUGCUGCUGAAGCAGAGCCACUCUAUGUUGAAGCCUGCAAGGAGAACCCCAAGAAAUGAAUGGAAGUUUGCCAUCUCUGGAUGGGAAGUCAGAUGUCUCUGCAAGGCCCAUCCUGAAGGGACAAGCAGAUGCAGAAAGCCUAAAGGCAGCUUCAUCAGAGUUCCUUCUUCUUCUUCCCUUUCCCAACUCGGGGGGGGGGGUCAAAGCCCAUUCACCCUCCUUUUGGGUUCUCUUCCUACAAAAGUUCUUUCCUUCCUCCAACUGUAGUGUUUUGGGGUUUUAUUUUUCAAACAAUGUCUGAUGCUUUCUGGAAGGCUGGUCUUAUUAAUCUUACAGUAAAACUAAUGAAGCAGAUUUCACCAAGUUAAAAACUAAUUUAUUCUGGCCAUAAACGUUUGUGGACUGGAGUGAUGAAAUGUUCAGAUGAAAUGGAUUGCAGUCCAGGACAGCCUACGCCACACUAAACCUGUUAGUCUUUGCUGUGGAGAUGCCUGCCGUUGUAGGGAUCCUUGCGAAUGGCUCCGAGAAAGCCCGUCCCUCCACCCCAAUUCCUGGUCAUCCAGCCUCCACACCCAACAGCUCCCAUCUCCAUAAGACUUUGAGGGCAAGGAGAUGCUCCAUCUCCUUGACUUCUGCUGUUCUGUUUGGCCUACCUGGAAUUGUUCUUCUGCAGAGCCAGAAACUCCUCCUGGAGGUGCACAAAGUCUUGCUGCUUGCCUCGGAUUUCUUCCUGUAGCCGCUGCUGCUCAGCUCGCUGCUGGUGCAGCUCCAUCUCGCCGUCAUGCAGUUUUGAGUGGGAUGCCAGCAGAGCUUCCUGCAGCUGCUCCAGCUCUGGGGAUGGGAGAGAGUCAGAGGUGCUUUUAUCUUACUAAAGAGUCCUCAAACAGAAUGCAACUACACUGCCAUUAUUUCUUUGAUUAAAAUAAAAAUGUUAGUGCCUUUUCACAUGUGACCAUCAGAAUCUCCAGCUGCUGUAGAAGGGAGGCUGGCCUGGACAUGGAAAGGCCAGCUGUCCAAGCUGAGCUUUGAUCUCCAACUCCUGCAAGCCUCAGAGCUUCUACCUCCCCAUGUGGCACACAGACUGGCAGAAAGGGAAAUGACUUUGAAGGGUCUGCUUUCUGGGAGGCAAGCUGGACUUCAGUUCUUUCCAUUCGUCAUCCAGGUACACCAGAAGACAGGGGAGGGGAGAGAUCCCUUGCACUCUGAAUGGCUGGAUGCAAGGAAGGAAAAGUGAGGGGCAUUUCGUACAAGCAUUUUGUACUUGAGUACGAUCUGAAAGUAUGAAAUAUACAGAGAGCCCCUUAGAGCUUUUCCACUUGGAGCGGAAUUAAACAGAACUUUAACAUACUGCUAUUUUACCCAAUAACACUCUUCUGCAUUUCCAAGAUUAUUCUGUAAUGUCUAGUCACUCAUGGUCCCAUUCAGGAAAGGUCCCUUCUAAAUUAAAGUCUUCCUGUAUAAUG